AUGACAUUAUGGGUCAUCCUGCUACUGGGCCAGGGUAAGUGUUACAGUAUGAGUUUUGCUUCGUAGUUUUAAUAUUUUAUGGAUUAUGGUAGUUUAUAUGGUUACUGUUCUGCUUUUUAUCCUUACUUUUCUUCUUUUUAUAGUUAUUGUAUCACGUUUUAAAGUAAUCUUUUACCACAAAAUUUCAAAAAAUUGCCAAAAAAUACAGUAUACUCAAAUUACAGUACCCCUCCUCCUCUCCUGCCAACCGCCUCUACAGUACAGUUCAAAUGCCGUGUAUGGUAGCAAAACAUACGAAGUAGCUCAAGAACAUCCUAUAAGCUCACAACAAAUCGACCAAAACCUUCAAAGUUCUUUUGUUCAGGAAGAAAAUUACAGUAAUCAUCCGAAAAACAAUGGUGAUCUUUCAUUCAAUGCCAAUGGUAUACCAAACUUUUCGAUCGAGCAUUCAAUGGAAGCUGAUGAACAUAAACAUGGUAAUGAGGUGGAACAUGAAGUAGCUCAGAAUGGCCAGGGAAUGCCUCAGAAUGGUCAUAAAGUGCCUCAAAAUGGUCAGGAAGUACCUCAAAAUGGUCAAGAAAUGCCUCAAAAUGGUCAAGAAGUACCUCAAAAUGCCCAAGAAGUACCUCAAAAUGCCCUGCAAUUACCCCAUAGUGGUCAUGUAUUCACAGAUGGCAGUAAUAGUAACUUAGAUCCAACUCAACAACUUCAAAAUAUAGAGUUAGAAAGACAGAUUGAGAAUGCUAACAGAGGUUUAGGUCAAGAAGUCUUCAGCGGGCAUGGUGAAGAUCCUAGACUUGCUCAGAACGCUGAACAAGGUCAUGAACAUCAUGGUAUCGUUGAAAGUUUCCCAAUUUCACGUUCUGAUCAACAGCUGCCAAUCGGUAACAAUGUAGGUGUUAAAAAAAAUUGUAGGUGUUAAGCUUAGAAGGCGUAGGCUUAGUAGGCUUAGGUUUAGUAGGCUUAGGCUUAAGAAGCUUAGGCUUAGUAGUCUUAGGAUUAGUAAGUUAGGCUUAGUAAAAUUCUGCUUAGUAGACGUAAAAUUAGCAAUCUUAAGCUUAGUAGAUUUAGGCUUAGAAGGCUCAGGUUUAGUAGGCUUAGGUUUCAUAAGUUUAAACGUGUUAGACUUAGGCCUAGGAAGCUUAGGCUUAGUAGAUUUAAGCUUAGAAAGCUUAGGCUUAAUAGUCUUAGACUUAGUAAGCUUAAACUUAGUAAACUUCUGCUUAGUAGACGUAGAAUUAGUAGUCUUAAGCUUAGUAGAUUUAGGCUUAGAAGGCUCAGGUUUAGUAGGCUUAGGUUUCAUAAGUUUAAACGUGUUAGACUUAGGCUUAGGAAGCUUAGGAUUAGUAGAAAUAUGCUUAGUAAGUCUAAUCUUUAGCAUAGUAAGCUUAGGCUUUGUACUCUUCGAUUUUGUAAGCUUAGGCUUCGUAAACUUAGUUUAACGCCUAAAAUACUAAAAAAUCCGUAAAAUUAUAUUAAAUUUUUCAGAAUCCUCAACUAACUCAACAAGGUCUAGUAAACCACCAGCAAAACCUUCUCAACCCUCUACCUCUUUCUCCAUUUCCAAUCCAAAAACCACUAUCACAAGACUUGGCUAGGCCCACCAAUCCGUACCCAGAACAUCAUAGUCUGCAAGAAUGGUCAAAGAUCUGUGCCAAACGAGAACCUUUAAACUUUAUGCAAAUUCUCGACUGUAUUGAUGUCUGGAACUUCAAUGAAGAAUCCAACCUGGCCAUAUCAGGAUCAACAUCUUGUGAUUUUGAUGGUAAUUCCGUAUGCAAAUUUUAUGGUAAAAACGAAGAAGAGCUGGUUUUCAAAAAAGGUGCUCUGAUUCAUCAUAUGAAUGGUACUGUCUAUGGUGCAUUUGAGGAGAGCUUCUCUACGAUGACAAAGAGACCUUUGGGAGCGCUACCUCAAGAUGGAUUCCUGGUUAUGGCUGAACCUUUUGGUAAUACACCAGAAGCCAUCGGUGUAGUGCAAAUGGACAUUGGAUGUCAGAAGGGAGACGCUAUGUUGAGCUUUGAGUAAGUUGAUGUACUGUAAAGACUAAACGAGACAUAAGUAAUGUAAGAUUACGAUAGGUAGAGUAGAGUAGACUAGAGUAAGAUAGACUAGAGUAAAGUAAGAUAGGGUAGGAUAGGGUAAAGUGGGUAGGGUAGACUAGAGUUAGAUAGGCUAGAGUAAAGUAAGAUAGGGUACGAUAGGGUAAAGUGGGGUAGGGUAGGGUAGGGUAGGGUAGAGUAGGGUAGGGUAGGGUAGGGUAGGGUAGGGUAGGGUAGGGUAGGGUAGGGUAGGGUAGGGUAGGGUAGGGUAGGGUAGGGUAGGGUAGGGUAGGGUAGGGGUAGGGUAGGGUAGGGUAGGGUAUGGUAGGGUAGGGUAGGGUAGGGUAGGGUAGGGUAGGGUAGGGUAGGGUAGGGUAGGGUAGGGUAGGGUAGGGUAGGGUAAAGUAGGGUAGGGUAGGGCACCACAUAAAACUCCAAAACCCACAUAAAACUCAAUUCUGUGUACUUCUUGAUCAAUAAAGUAAUAUCUUUCAAUCUUCCAGUUACUGGACCACCGUACCAGACGUAGAAGUCAAAGUAUGUACUCGCGUAGACGAUGACCGUCGCUGCACCACAAACAUUGAGUACGCUCCAGAAUCCAGUCGUGUAGAAAUCCAAGUGAUACACACAGAAUCAGAAUCCUUCAUCGUAGAAAUCAUCGUCGGUGGAUUCACAAAACCAGGACUGUUUAUCAUGGACAAUUUGGUAUACGAAGCUAAUGACUGUAGUAGAACUGAGUUUUUGAAAAAUUCGAAAAACUUUGACAGUCCAAUGAAGAGCUUGGAGAAAGAUAUAACACCAAGCCUGAAGCCAAUGCUGGAGAUCCCGUCCAGACUGAUUGAUAAGAAUUCUGGGUUGAGUAGUAACUUGAAGAUACGACAAAUCAACCCAAAUACUUGUAAGGCUAUUCAGUGUAACUUUGAACAUGAUUUGUGUGGUUACAGUCAACCUGAGAUUGAGGAUGAUGUAAAGUAAGUUUAUUCAAAUUUUUUAAGUUUUUUGUAAAUUUUUUUAAAAAACAACAUUACGUUACAGUAAGACAUAUAAUAUCUUAAAAUUUUUUAGUUACGGCAAAUGGCAGUUCAGUAAAACCAAAAUUGGCAAUAUUCAAACCGACAGUAAUACUACGCACAAGUCGAGUCAUAGUAAGUGCCUACUUUUCAAUACCCUACCCUUAGCCCUAGCCUUAGUCUUAGUCUUAGUCUUACCCUUAGUUUUAGUCUUAGUCUUAACCCUAGCAUUAGCCUUAACCUUAGCCUUAGCCUUAGCCCUAGCCUCUAGCCUGACUUUGAGUCCCAGCGAUAGUCCUAGUCCUGGUGCUAGACCAAGCCCUAGUUUUAGAUCUUACCCUAGUCGUAGUCCUAGUCCUAUCUCUGGUUCUAGCCAGAGUUCUAGCCUUAGCUCUGCCCUAGCCAUAGUCUUUGUCUUAGCUUCAGUUGUAGCCUUAGUUCUAGCUCUAGUUCUAUUCCUAGAUCUAGCCUUACCCUAUCUUACUCUACCUUAAUCAAAUUUUUUACCAAAACCUUAUCCUACCCUAUAUAACCUUACCGUACUCCUACUAUAGCCUCUUCUACCCUACCUUAUCAAUUCAUAGUCUAUUGUUGUUAUCCACACCCUAAUUUCAACCUUAUUUAGGUGGCUUCGCCUUUGUUGGAGUAGAUGACAGAGGUGCGAAUACAAAAGGCCGUACCAUUUAUAUACUGGAGUCUGAAGAGUUUAACUUACCAGUCGAUACAAAUAUGACAUUUGAUGUUUACAAACAAAGUAAUGCCAUUUCAUUACAAGUGUGUGUCGAUGAGCUGAGUAACUGUAUCUAUGAAGCACCGCCGAGCAAAGCUUAUUGGAGUGAGAAUGAAAGGGUGCUAUUGCCUAGUGGUACUAGUAAGGUAAUUUUUUUUUCAUUUUUGUGGUUUUUAAUGAUUUUUUAGAGAUUUUUUUGAAAUUUUAAAAUUUUUGAAAAAUUUUUUAAUUUUUUGAAAUUUGAAAUUUUAAUAAAUUUUCAAAAUUUUAGGUAUACUUCGUGGCCACCCAAUGGAAACGCUUCAAAUGGCUAGCCAUUGACGAGAUUAAGCUUGAUUUCAACUGCUAA